AUGGAGUCUGCUGAGAACUCAUCUGAAUGUGUUCCAAAUGAUUCAAAAAAAGAUAAGAAACCACCACCACUGUCAUUACUAGCUAUUGCAGAAACUAGAAGGGAACGACUUGAAGGUUUCUUUUGGCCUUCAAACGUCAACCAACCGCAUAUGGAAGUGGAAAAGGGGAAUGUAUCAGGUUUAAAUGGGAAGGUGAUACAAGAAGACAUGGAUCAAAGAAACAGUGUGGCCAACGAUAUAAAUAAAAUUCUGAGGGGGGUUGAGUCCAUGUCAAACAAGCUCGAAGAUCUGAGCAGUCGUGUACAACUUAUGGAGGCAGUGUUGCAAAAAUUUCAACAAAAUCAACCUGGGUUUUCUUUUUCUCCAGUUGAGGAGUCCCAAGGGAUACCUUGUGACCAAAACAUUGUUUGGUAUCCAACAAGGACCAGUUGUCUACUCCUCCUAAGAAUAUAG